AUGGCCGAAGAAAAGCCCCUUGCUUUCCAGUACCAGUUCGCCGCAGGCGCAAUUGCGGGCGUCUCGGAGAUUCUGGUCAUGUAUCCUCUGGAUGUGGUCAAGACGCGAGUCCAGCUGCAGACUGGCUCAGGCACCGGUGCCGAAGCAUACAAUGGCAUGCUGGACUGCUUCAAGAAGAUCAUCAAGAAUGAAGGCUUUUCACGACUCUACCGUGGUAUCUCCGCCCCGAUCCUGAUGGAAGCUCCCAAGCGCGCCACCAAGUUUGCUGCCAACGAUGAAUGGGGCAAGGUCUACCGCAAGAUGUUUGGCGUCGACAAGAUGAACCAGUCACUGUCAGUCCUCACCGGCGCUACCGCAGGUGCCACCGAGUCCUUCGUCGUCGUUCCCUUCGAGCUGGUCAAGAUUCGUCUGCAAGACAAGGCCUCCGCUGGAAAGUACAAUGGCAUGGUCGACUGCGUUGUCAAGACGGUCAAGAACGAGGGCCCUCUCGCCCUUUACCAGGGCCUCGAGAGCACAAUGUGGCGCCACAUCCUGUGGAACGCUGGCUACUUUGGCUGUAUCUUCCAGGUCCGGCAAUUGCUGCCCAAGUCUGAAACCAGCAAGGGCAAGAUGAUGAACGAUCUGAUCUCCGGUGCCAUUGGUGGAACCGUGGGAACCAUUCUCAACACCCCGCUGGACGUGGUCAAGAGCAGAAUUCAGAACACCCCCAAGGUUGCAGGUCAGGUUCGCAAGUACAACUGGGCUUUCCCCGCCGUGGGCACUGUCUUCAAGGAAGAAGGAUUUGCUGCUUUGUACAAGGGCUUCUUGCCCAAGGUCCUCCGUCUCGGACCUGGAGGUGGUAUUCUUUUGGUCGUGUUCACCACCGUCAUGGAUACUUUCCGCAAGUGGCAGUCAUAA